AUGAUUAGUCGCACCAAUCCGUCAACAUCAGGACCGUCGCACCAAUCCGUCAACAUCAAGGCCGUCGCACCAAUCCGUCAACAUCAGGGCCGUCGCACCAAUCCGUCAACAUCAGGACCGUCGCACCAAUCCGUCAACAUCAGGACCGUCGCACCAAUCCGUCAACAUCAGGGCCGUCGCACCAAUCCGUCAACAUCAAGGCCGUCGCACCAAUCCGUCAACAUCAAGGCCGUCGCACGAAUCCGUCAACAUCAUGGCCGUCGCACCAAUCCGUCAACAUUAAGGCCGUCGCACCAAUCCGUCAACAUCAUGGCCGUCGCACCAAUCCGUCAACAUCAGGGCCGUCGCACCAAUCCGUCAACAUCAAGGCCGUCGCACCAAUCCGUCAACAUUAAGGCCGUCGCACCAAUCCGUCCACAUCAGGGCCGUCGCACCAAUCC